GGCGCGGCCUGAGGAAAUUUCCUCUUAGACGCCCUCUGCGGCAGGCUCCCGUCUGUGCUCCAGCCUUCUUCAUUUUCCUAGUCCCUGCAGGAUUUCACUGGAAUAUUUAUUAUUUGGAGAAAAUAUCAUGGAAGUUCUGCGCCCGCAGCUUGUAAAAAUUGAUGGGCGAAUUUACAGGAAGAAUCCUAUCCAAGAACAGACUUACCAACAUGAAGAAGAAGAGGAGGACUUCUAUCAAGGCUUCAUGGAAUGUGCAGAAGAGCCCUGUGAUGCCUAUGAGGUGGUGCAGACCCAGCAAGGUUUCCGGUGUACGGUGAAGGCCCCCAGCCUGCUCUACAAGCAUAUAGUUGGAAAGAGAGGGGACACUAGGAAGAAACUAGAAAUGGAGACCAAAACUUCGAUUAGCAUUCCUAAGCCAGGACAAGAAGGAGAAAUUGUGAUCACUGGCCAGCAUCGAAGUGGUGUAAUUUCAGCCCGAACUCGAAUUGAUGUUCUAUUGCUCACUUUUAGAAGAAAGCAGCCCUCCACUCACUUCCUUUCCUUUUUUCUCAAUGAAGCUGAAGUUCAGGAGCGAUUCCUUAAGUUCCAGGAGGAAGUGCUGGAGAAGUGCUCCAAGGAUCCUGGUGUUGACAGCACCAUUUUCCAGAAUCCCAAAAAGCUUCACCUAACUAUUGGGAUGUUGGUACUUUUGAGUGAACAAGAGAUCCAGGAAACAUGUGAAAUGCUGCAGCAAUGUAAAGAGGAGUUCAUUGAUGAUAUUGCUGGGGGCAAACCCCUGGAAGUAGAGAUGGCAGGGAUAGAGUACAUGAAUGAUGAUCCUGCUAUGGUGGAUGUUCUCUAUGCCAAAGUUCAUAUGAAAGAUGGUUCCAACAGACUGCAGGAAUUAGUUGAUCGGGUUCUGGAACGUUUUCAGGCUUCUGGAUUAAUGGUGAAAGAGUGGAAUAGUGUGAAACUCCAUGCUACAGUCAUGAAUACUCUACUCAGAAAAGACCCCAAUGCUGAAGGCAGAUACAAUCUCUAUACAGCAGAUGGCAAAUAUAUCUUCAAGGAAAGAGAAUCAUUUGAUGGCCGAAACAUAUUAAAGCAAUUUGAGAACUUCUACUUUGGUACCCUAAAGCUCAAUUCAAUUCACAUCUCUCAAAGGUUCACAGUAGACAGCUUUGGAAACUAUGCCUCCUGUGGACAUGUUGACUUCUCCUGAGGUGGAUCCUGAGAAGCCCUAGGAAUUGAACAUCCUCACACACUGCUGAGGAAAAGCAUCUUUGUUUUAACUGUCAAGAAGGGUUGUGGAGAUUUGGGUGAUGCCUUUUCUGGGAGGUUCCCUAUGGAUACUGUGACCUCUAAAGAUUAUCUACAGUCAUCAGACUCUCAACCAAGAUGGUUAUAGCAUGGAACUUGUACCUUGGCUUGCUCCUUUUUCACAGGGACUACCUUUCUUCUUGAAAUUCUUCUGUGGAAAUGUACUUCUAAGACCCAUUUGAACUCAGAUCUGUGUUAUUUCUCAUAUACAUACUGAUUUUGUCCUUGUCAUUAAAUUCUAAAUAUACUUUAAAGGAAAGUUAAAGACAUGGUUAUAUUAAAUCCUCUGCCUAGAUCAGAUAUCUAUAAUUAUCUUUUUCCCUUGUACCCUAACUUUUAAUCACUACCUGGAAUUUCUUCUUUAUUGUGGCAAAAACCACAUAAUAUAAAAUUUAUCAUCUUAACCAUUUUAAAGGGUACAGUUCAGUAGUGUUAAGUAUAUUCAUGUUGUUGUGAAACAUCUCCAGAAUUUUUUCCUCUUUCAGAUCUGAGACUUUAUACCCAGUAAACAACUCCCCAUUUCCUCCCUUCCCUGGCAACCUUUCUAUUUUCUUUCUAUCAAUUGGUUAUAAAUUUGAUAUUCUUUUACUACUUCUUAUAAGAGGAAUCAUACCAUAUUUGUCUUUUUGUACAGACUGCCUUUUCUACUUAGCAUAAUAUCCUUAAGAUUUAUCUAUGUUGUAGCAUGUGACAGAAAUUCCUUCCUUUUUAAGACUGAAUGAUACUCCAUUUAACGUAUGUGCCACAUUUUGUUUAGCCAUUUAUCUGUCAGUAGACACUUGGGUUCCUUUGACCUCUUGGAUUAUAUGACUAUUUCUCUAUAAAUAUGAGUGUACAAAUAACUCUUUGAGACCCUGCAUCAAUUUCUUUACUAUUCAGAAUUUUAUCUUUAGCAAAAUGACCUUUAGGGUAUUUACUUUGUCCUAUACUUUUGUCCUUUUUCUUCUGAAAUUGGUACCUUUGUAUGUUUGCUAGAUUUUGGUUCCUUCACCCUACCCUGACCCUCACCUGCCAACAUCCCAGAUGGAGGUGGAGAAUUGUAGUCCAUUGCUGUUUGAACAGUAGAAAUGGUGAUGAUAUCAGCAGGACUGUGCAGAGUUCCCUCAGAGAACACCAGCACCAGAAGGUACUCCUUCCCUGAGGUGGAGCAGCAAAGGGAGUGCUCCCAGCGCACCUUCAUUCCUACCUCAGACCUGGCACAUGCUCCUCUGGGGAGUUCUAGCCUUGCUAUGGCCUCUUGUCUCCCCUCCCUUACAACCUCCCUCCCUCAUGUCUUCUCUCUCUUUCCUUCAUUUCUUAUUCUUGAGUCCUAGUUUCUGUUUGAGAAGUCUGAUUUGAACACUGUUAAGGUGACUACCUUGUGAGAGUUAUGCUAUGUGAGAGAUAUUUCCGUAUCAAUUGUGACUGCACAAAUCAUUUGUGAAUAAACGAAUUUCUGAAGUAACUUUUUCUUUCAGCACCCAACAGUUUAAGAUUGACCCCUUCCUUAAUGUGUGCCAGCAUGCAGUGUUGCCAUCAUUUAUUCACUGGCAUAGCUCCAUCAAAUGUACUGGUGCCUGCAGGGUUGCUUUUUCCCAAAAAACUUUCUGCUAGUAACAUUCGUUUUUGAUUUAAGUUGAGAUUUUACCUCAUUCACUUCUGAUUGUUAGAUGGCACAUGGGCAUGAGUGCUCCUAGAGAUAUUACUGAGUAGUAGUCAGCUGUGAGUUCUGUGUCCUCAAGACAUCUUGGUGCUACUUCUCUCUUACUGAUUUCUUUCUGAAAACUGUCAUUGGGUAACCUUGACCAGGAAGAAAGACACAGUCUUUUGGGUAUCAGGGGUUAUGGCUUAUGUUUUUAGUAAAUUUUUACAAAGUGUCGGGCCUCCCUGGUGGUACAAGGGGUUAAGAUGCAACCUAUGAACUUGUUUGCAGCCACUGUAGCACGAGUUCGAUCCUCGGCCAGGGAGCUAUCCACAUGGCGCAGCAGACCUCUCCUGUCUCGCCCGCUGCUUCCCUCAGCUAGUCUGCCUCUUCUGUUCCUCACUCUGUCUCUGGUAAAUCCUCUUACAUAUCCCCACCUCUGGCCUGUACCCUAGUACUUACUUGUAUGCAUAAAUAAAUAAAUCUUAAAAAAAAUUGUUUUACAAAGUGUCAUUAAUGGAAAAUUUAACUUACAUAUCAACACUAAAUUCUUAAUAGAUUUGGAAAUUUUGUCAUUUAGAAGUUAGAGCUAACUAUGAAUUUCAGUAACUAUGCAUUUAUUUGUAGUGUUAAGUAAUUUUUCACGAUUUAGAUGCCUUUUUCACUCUCAUGACUGUUCAGUGGGUUUUUCCAGAGACUGCAUGACAUGGUGAAAUUACCAUUCUGAUGGUUAAUGGAGCUUGUGCUUCUGUAUUUUUAAGUGUGAUCUAGAAUUUUUUUAAGUUGGAAGGUAUUGGUAGAAUUGGAAAGCGUUUCAGUUUAUCUUCAAAAAAUUUUCUUUCCAGAAGUCUGUAGACAGUUUUUUUAGAUAGUGUAGCUCUAAAGAAAAUACAGUUUUAACUGCUGUUGUGGUAGUUGGAGUAGCAAGUAGUUUUGAUUUAGAACUUUUAUGAAAGAGCAACAUUUGGUAGAGAGUAAAUAGUUUUUGAUGGAACUAAAAGAAUUUUUAAAGAUUUAGGGUCCCUUCUUACCAAAUUGUAAUGGGGUAAAUAUUAGAGAAUUUGCUAUUGCAUUUAUAGUCGAAUCUCCCUUAAUAUUGCCACUUUGCUUUUGAGACACUUAUUCCUCAAUUCUUUUAAGAGGAGUAGAGGGGGUAAAAAUCUUGUUACAAGUGAUCUGUUGUUCUACAAGAACUUUGUUAUGAAGAAUAAUUUUUAGUUUCUGGAGUGAGCACAAUGAGUUAUCCUCAAAUGAACUUUAUACCUAUAAUAGAGACAAGAUAAAUGUUACUUAUAAUGGUUAUUUUUUAAGUUGCCCCAGAGUUUACUAAAUUGGACUUUCGUGGAAAUCCAGCUUCAUAAUGACACAAAUCUGGGUUCAGGUUUGCUCUUGCACUGUGCCCUUUCCUGGAACUAAAGGGAAUCUGAUAAGCACCAGAGGUGUGUUGAGUUGUAGAGCACCUCUCAGAAUCCACCUUGAGGUCUACAGGGAGCCUGAAUAUCAAGAACCAAGUGUGUCAUAGGUGAAAAACAGGACUAUUGUCCUUGUUUUUAUUUAAUUUUUAAAAAAGAUUUAUUUAUGCAUACAAGAACUGGGGUACAGGCCAGAGGUGUGGGGCUGAGAGGAUUCACUAGAGACAGAGUGGGGAGCAGAACAGGCAGAUUGACUGAAAUACACUGCUGAGUGGAGCAGUGGGUGAGUCAGGAGAAGUCUGCAGUACCAUGUGGGUAGCUCCCUGCCCGGGAUUGAACUAGUGCUGCAGUGACUGCAGAUAGUUUCACAGUGCUGAGACUUUAACUCCUGUGCCAUCAAGGAGGCCCUGUCCUUGUUUUUAUGAACAGCUUUUUGUUGUUAAUAUGUUCUUUUUAAAAAAAUUCACUUUAUGAAAUAUCAUCAAGCUAUAUAUACCUUAUGCCAUUUUCAGUGUGUUAUACUUCAAUUUAAAUAUUCAUUUAAGGGCUUCCCUGGUGGCUCAGUGGUUGAGCGCUGGGCUGUGAAGCUGCCCGCAGCCUCUGCAGCGCCAGUUCUAUCCCCGGCUUCCGGGCGAGGGUCCCACAUGGCGCACAGACCUCUCCUGCUGCCUGCUGCUCCCCUCAGCAGUGUACUUCAGUCCUUCUGCCUGUUCUGCUCCUCGCUCUGGCUCUGGUGAAUUCUCUCACCCUCCCACACUUCUAACUGUACCCAGUGCCUGUAUAAAUAAAUAAAUCUUUAAAAAAAGAAAAAAAAAUUCAUUUAAAAAAUAAAUUUUAUUAUCCAGAGAUGAUUAUUCCAUGUGCAUUUAAGCAUAUAUCAUUUAAGUAAUUUUUCACAAAUAACAACAGCUAAUACUAGUGGAAUGCUCAAAUUUGUUAUUUGUAUAUUCACUUAGACCCACUUAAAUUGCUAUUACCAUUAUUCUCAUUUUACAAAGUGAGGCUCACCCAAGUUAAAAAAAUUGCCUGAUGUCACAAAGCUUGUACCAGCAGUUAAUAAAAUGUGGUAUAGACCCCUGGAAAUCCCUGAGAACCUUUUAAAGUCCAUAAUAUUUUUAUAAAAACACUAAGGUAUUACUUGCCUUUUUCAACUCUCAUUUUAUCGUAAGUAUACAGUGGAGUUUCUAGAGGGGACAUGACAUGGUGACAUCAUCAUCUGAUGGUUAAUGGAAUAUCUCUAUAUUUUGUGCUUUCUAGAAUUGCAUAAGUUUAAGGUAGUUUUAGGAUGUGAAUACAUGAUCUUAGUGAGUAGUUCAGUUUGCUUCUAAUUCUUCUGUGCUCUUACUAGCUAUUUUCAAUUAUACCUGCUAAUUAUACUAGCUAUUUUCAAUUAUACCGGUCUAUACAGUUAUAGACUGUGCAUCCCAGGAACUCACAUGUUGAAGUUCUAACCCUCUAGUAUCUCAGAUUAGGUUGAAUUUAGAGAUAGGGGCUUUAAAGCGGUGAUUAUGCUAAAAUGAGGUAGAAGGUGUCCAAAUGGUAUCCAUAUAAAGAAGAGGGAAGCCUGUGUGACACAGUCGGGAGGCCUGCCAUCUACAAGCCAGGAAGAGAGACCUCAGGAGAAGCCAAACCUACCAACACCUGAAUUUUGGACUUCUAAUCUCCGGAACUUUGAGAAAAUAAUUUUUGUUCUUAAAACCACCCAUAUGUGAUAUUUUGUUAUGGCAGCCCUCACAAAUUAAACUAUUUGCUAUAUUUGCAAAGUGUAAAACAAUGGCACUAUUACUAAUGGGGGGGGUGAUUGUAACAUUUUUCUUUUAUAAUUUUCAAUAUGUAAUGGGUUCAUUGUUAUUUUAAAAUUUAAUUCUUAUAUUAAAAAUAUCUUAGUUUUUAGGUUUACAGCAAAAUUGAGAAGAAAGGCUAGUUUUAUUUUAAAGUAUAGUAAAUUUUCUAUCUGUCCCACACAGACAAAAGUUCUUUAAGGUCCUUAGCUUUUUAUUGGAAAGGACUCCUGAGGCCAGAACGUUUGAGAACUGCUGUAUUAUUAUGCAUCCUUCCAAAUGGGAUCAUGUUAUGUAGCUUCUGUGAUAAGCUUUUCUCGCUCAGCAAUAUGGGCUAAAUUAUAUUGGUUGUCAACAGAUACAGAUCUAUAUCAUUUUUAUGUCCACACAAUGGGCUGUUAUGUCUGUAUGUUGUAAUUUAACUUGGUGGUCCCUGACCACCAGACAUGGAGUUGAUUUCCAGGUUUGGCUAUUAUAUACUUGCUCUUAGCCAAAAGGCCUAGAAGUGAUCCAGGUUUGGCUAUUACAAACAAUUCUGAAUACACAUCCUUGUGCAUUUGUCUUUUUAUGUUUGUGAGGUCAUCUAGAAAUGAGAUUAAAAGUUUAAAGAUAUGGUUAAAUUUAAGAGUCUCUUUUGGAAAUUAAGUGUCCUUCAUUUUAUACUGCUAAAUAUUAAAUAUUAAGAAAUGCGUAAGACGUGUACCAUUUAACAAAUGUACACAGGAGUUUUUGAAAUGGUUGGACUGAAAAGGCUGAACUAAUAAUUCUCUUGAAAUUUGGAAAAACCCUUCUUUAUAAACUAUAGUUAUUGUCCAUUUUCUUGUAAGAAAAUUGCUACUGUUAUUGUCCAUUUUCUCUUACCCGUCAUCUGGAAAUUUGGAUUCUGCCUUCUAAAUUGCUUUGCAAUUGGCAUAACUAACAGUCUGGGCUGCUGUUGAUUUGCUUUGAGCAAAUCAGGGUUAAUAUCUACCCAGUUUGAGGGUGCUACAAAGGCCCAUUGGAAGAACUACCCAGGGAGUAUAGGAAACAUUUUCACUGUCACAUUUCUGGAAACAGCUAUUGCCUUAUUGAUCAAUACCUUUCCAGACUUUAUUGGGUAGCUUUGGUAAUUCUGGAAGGCCAGAGAGACUUUAUAAGAUAGUAAUGAAAUGAGGGAGAUUUGAUGUCUAGGAUCUACCUCCUUUGUGUCUUGGAGAUACGUGAUUAGCUUUGCUAAAAGACUAGGACUGAAAUGGUAUGAAAAGAUGGAUGGAAUGAUCUUCAAUGAUAGCUUAAAAUGAUGUGAAAAAACUUUUUU